CACUAGCAGCGUCGCACAGUCGACCACUCAGGUUACAUCUGGUUUUGGACUCUCAGCUAUUGUGGAGUUCGUAAUUCAUUACCACUCUGACUUCUGCUCCGGAAACGUUGAGUUGGACAUAUUUAAUAAUAAUAACAAUAAUAAUACUUCAAAAAGUAAAAAUACGUCAUUAAAACAUUUUAAUAGUCAGUCCUAACUGUGACAAGAUAUUUUUAGGAACAUGAGCAAGUUUACAUACUAUGACGAUUUGGUCCAACCCGGAGCCAAACUUGUCUGCGUCCUUGGCGAGGUCAUCUCUCCUGGAAACUUUUACGUAGUUUUACAAUCGGAAUGGAAUAAUUUGGAGCACUUGAUGGAGGAAAUGCAGUCGGUUUAUGAUCAUAUGGAACAGAGACCUGGGGACUUGGACAGAAUGGAGAAGGGUCAACCGUUGGCUGUCUUGCGUCCACUGGACCGAGCCUGGCACCGGGCAGUUUUCCUUAACCACGACUCGUCUGGCCGUGAUCUUUUUGUGGUCAAGCUGGUAGACUACGGUGACAUCAUUAGCGUCGCUCUCAAGGAUAUCCGUCCUCUGCGCUCCGACCACGUCGCUGCCCUGAUAGGCACAGGGAUUCGAUGCACCUUAUGCCUUGGACCCUCCUACAAUCCCCUCGUGACUCUCAAUUCGGAUGGAACAACGAGGACCGAUUACUUCAAUGAAGAUGAGGGAUGGACCCUGGAAGACCGAUCCAUGCUACUGGACUUCAUCUACAAUAAGGACGUGCUGGUCGACUUUCAGCAACGAACCGUGCUUUCAUCCGGAGAGGUUGCAUGGGAGGUUUUUAUUCACCAUGCCACACCCCACAUUGAGAGGGAGUUGAUGAUCAAAACUCGUGGAACUUAUUGCAAGGGAGAAGAUGAGCCAGAGUAUCAAUAUCCUGAAGACCCUUUCAACAUAUCUUCCCAUUUGGACUCGUUUAAGAAUGGCGAACUUCACCACGAGGGGUGGUUGUGAAUAGUUGUGAUCAACGCAAAUCUUAAUACUGAAUCUUUUGAAUUAAAUGUAAAUUAGCAGCAAUGAUUCGUUGAAUAAAGGUUUUUUGAACGAAA